CGCGGCCAUGAACGCGGAGAACUUCGGCUGCGGCGAGCGGCUGGUGACGGCAGCCUACGUGCGGCAGGGGGCGCAAGGCCGCCGCGCGCACGAGCUGCGGCUGCGAGCCCUGCUGGAGCAGGGAAAAUGCCCAGAAGAUGGUUGGGAUGAAAGCACCAUCGAGCUGUUUCUUCAUGAACUUGCUAUUAUGGAUAGCAAUAACUUUCUGGGCAACUGUGGUGUGGGUGAGAGGGAAGGAAGAGUGGCAUCAGGACUCGUCGCCCGAAGGCAUUACAGGCUGAUCCAUGGAAUUGGAAGGUCAGGUGAUAUUUCUGCAGUCCAGCCAAAAGCAGCAGGGUCAAGCCUUUUAAACAAACUUACCAAUUCAGUUGUUCUGGAUAUUAUAAAGCUGACUGGUGUCCGAACAGUGACCAGUUGCUUUGUGGUUCCUAUGGCAACUGGCAUGAGUCUAACUCUGUGUUUUUUAACACUGCGGCACAAGAGACCGAAGGCAAAAUACAUUAUUUGGCCACGUAUAGACCAGAAAUCCUGCUUUAAAUCAAUGAUAACUGCAGGCUUUGAGCCUGUGGUAAUAGAAAAUGUCUUAGAAGGUGAUGAGCUACGGACAGAUGUCGGAGCAGUGGAGGCUAAAAUCAAGGCUCUUGGUGCUGAAAAUAUUCUUUGUGUGCAUUCUACGACAUCUUGCUUUGCUCCAAGGGUACCUGAUAGGCUGGAAGAACUGUCUGUGAUUUGUGCUGGUUAUGACAUUCCCCAUAUUGUCAACAAUGCCUAUGGAGUUCAGUCUUCAAAAUGCAUGCAUCUUAUCCAGCAGGGUGCUCGAGUAGGCAGAAUAGAUGCCUUUGUUCAGAGCUUGGAUAAAAAUUUCAUGGUUCCAGUAGGUGGUGCUAUCAUUGCUGGCUUCAAUGAGUCCUUCAUUCAGGAGAUCAGCAAGAUGUAUCCAGGAAGAGCAUCUGCGUCACCUUCCUUAGAUGUCCUCAUUACACUUCUGUCUCUUGGUGCCAGUGGGUACAAACAGUUACUAAAAGAAAGAAAGGAGAUGUUUUCCUAUCUUUCAAGUGAGCUGAAGAAGCUGGCAGAUAACCACAAUGAGAGACUGUUAGACACACCACAUAAUCCCAUUUCUCUAGCCAUGUCACUGAAGAAUCUAGAUGAAAAUAAUGGUGCUGCUGUUACCCAGCUUGGAUCUAUGCUUUUCACAAGACAAGUUUCUGGAGCGAGAGUCGUUCCCUGUGGGGCUGUACAAACAGUGAAUAACUACACUUUCAAAGGCUUUAUGUCACAUGCAAAUGAUUAUCCCUGUGCCUACCUCAAUGCUGCCUCAGCAAUUGGAAUUAAAAAGCAAGAUGUAGAUGUAUUCCUAAAAAGACUGGACAAGUGUUUGAAGACUUUUGGAAAAGAAGCAAAGAAAGACAGAACUGUAAAUGAAAUAAGUAGCUCCAGUACAGACACAGAACAACUCGAAGACUAGAAGGCACAGAUUGAGUAGCACAAACAGAUACGGUUUUGUUUGGAGGCAUUCCAGGUUUGUAUUGGUUUAGCACUGGGGAAUCUGCCGUGCAGAAAACUGAUUCCUGAUCUCAAAACAACAAUAAAUUCAGCUUUAAAGAAA